AUGGACCAGUUAGUCGAGGCUGCCAAGACGGCUGCGUCUAAUGCAACUACUGUGUAUGUGCCACAUGGAGGUGACCUAUUUAAAGGGUACAAGAAGGAACUCACAGAGCUCUACAAAAGGCUGGACGGGAUUCAGCAAUACCAAAUAUUUUCUAUGGACUCCAGCAAACCCGGUGUUGUGUGCUGCCGCAUGAGCCCUGAGUCGGAGGUUGUAGAGUUUCCGAUGACUAUUCAACGCUACAAAACUCGUAUCCGCAACGGUAGUAUUUCUGUUGCGAAGCACAGCAAAAACAAGAAAAAGCAUGCUUCGAAGGUGGGCGUGUUUUGUCUUGUGAGGUGGUUCGAACGCUUUGCAGAGGAGGUGGGGGAAGUUGUGCCAGUACGCGUCCGAAUGCAGAAGACUGUGAAUGGUACAACUCAAAAGUACUACAGCAGCGGAAAGUACACGCUGAUACCGGCUCACGUUAUGUGGGACGCCAUCCACGACGAGAUGCAUACAUACAUCGAGUCAGGACUCAGCGUUUACGAGCCCGCCCGUUCUACAAUGCGGAAGCUUCUGACACUGCACUAUCCCACGAUCCGAUUUCGCUCUCCCCGCAGUAAUGUAUGUGAUAUCUAUUCCAUUUACUACUCUGGUAUGCGGGGCAAUAUCACGGCGGACAAGACCGAGGCGCUCGGACGUCACACCGAACCAGCUCGAAGAAUGCGGGAGUACAAGCAAAACAAGGCUACGAGCACCGAUGACAUGCAGUUUUGGUGA